AUGUCUAGCCCUGAAAAUAUUUUACAGGAUGAUAACAUAGAAGAAAUUCCUCAAAAACUCCAAGGGAAAAAACUUUCUUGGAAUAAACUGAGAAGGAAUGACUCCCUCGACAUGGAAUCUGGCAAGUUAAACGGCCACCACCACCACCACCACCGCUCCAAGAGUGGAAAUUGGAGUUUGAUACUGCAUCUUGCAUUUCAGAGCAUCGGAGUGGUGUAUGGAGACAUAGGGACGUCACCUAUGUACGUAUAUGCGAGCACCUUCGCAGACGGUAUAAAACACAACGAUGAUAUACUCGGAGUUCUCUCCUUGAUUUUCUACACCAUCACUUUAAUCCCUCUCAUCAAGUACGUCUUCAUCGUUUUACGUGCAAAUGACAAUGGCGACGGCGGGACAUUUGCUCUAUACUCUCUGAUUUGUCGAUAUGCGAAGGUGAGUUUAACCCCGAGUCAACAAGUAGAAGAUAGAGAGGUGUCGACUUUUCAGCUUGAAUUGCCUAAUAAUCGGACGGAAAGAGCUUCGAGACUCAAAACCAAAUUAGAAAACAGCAUAUUUGCCAAGUUCUUCCUGCUCUUUGCCACUAUGCUUGGUACUUCCAUGGUGAUUGGAGAUGGUGUCCUCACUCCAUGCAUUUCAGUUCUGUCCGCCGUGGGAGGAAUCAAGGAGGCCAAAGAGUCCAUUUCUGAGGAUACGGUAGUUUGGGCUUCAGUCGCAAUCUUAGUACUUCUAUUCAUGGUCCAAAGAUUUGGUACAGACAAAGUGGGAUACAGUUUUGCUCCCAUAAUUUGUGUUUGGUUCUUAUUCAUUGCUGGCAUUGGUGUCUACAAUUUCAUCAAAUUUGACCCUUUAGUUGUCAAAGCUAUAAAUCCAAAAUACAUUGUGGAUUAUUUCAAGAGAAACAAAAAACAAGCAUGGAUUUCCCUUGGUGGUGUAGUUCUCGCUAUAACAGGAACUGAGGCAUUAUUUGCAGAUGUUGGUCAUUUCACGGUUAGAUCCAUACAAAUAAGCAUGUGUAGUGUCACUUAUCCAGCACUCAUAUUAGCAUACGCAGGACAAGCUUCCUUUCUUCGAAAGCACAAUGGUUUGGUUUUAGAUACCUUCUAUAAGUCUAUACCAGGUCAUUUGUAUUGGCCAACGUUCGUGGUGGCUAUCUUGGCUUCGAUCAUAGCAAGUCAAGCGAUGAUAUCAGGCACUUUCUCAAUAAUUCAACAAUCUCUUUCCCUCGGUUGUUUCCCUCGCGUUAAAAUAGUUCAUACAUCUACUGAGUACGAAGGGCAAGUUUACAUUCCUGAAAUCAAUUACCUUCUUAUGAUGGCUUGUAUUUUUGUAACUAUUGGAUUCAGAACCACUACAAAAAUUGGCAAUGCCUAUGGAAUAGCUGUGGUGUUUGUAAUGACCCUAACAUCAGCAUUUCUAGUUUUGGUCAUGAUCAUUAUUUGGAAAACUCACAUAGUACUUAUAAUUCUAUAUGUGGUAAUAAUUGGCUCGGUUGAGCUUGUCUAUCUAAGCUCAGUCCUUUACAAAUUCGAUGAAGGAGGAUAUUUACCUAUCGCAUUUGCACUUUUCCUAAUGUCAGUAAUGUACAUUUGGAAUUAUGUGCAUCGAAGAAAGUACGAUUUCGAGCUAGAUCACAAGAUUUCUCCGGAUAAAGUAAAGGAGAUCAUGACAGAAAACAAUUCCUACAGGUUGCCAGGGCUUGCAAUUUUCUACUCCGAGUUAGUCCAUGGAAUCCCACCAAUUUUCAAGCAUUAUGUUGCCAAUGUACCAGCAUUGCACUCGGUUCUGGUUUUUGUGUCCAUUAAAUCAUUACCUAUAAGCAAGGUGCCGAUUGAAGAAAGAUUCUUGUUUCGUAGGGUGCGACCAAAUGAUUUUCACGUGUAUCGUUGUGUUGUGCGAUAUGGAUACACUGAUAUACGGAAUGAGCAUGAACCUUUCGAAAAGCUUCUUGUCGAGGGAUUGAAGGUCUUCAUUAGAGAGGACUACAUGGGCAUGGCCAACGCUUUAGAUCGAGCAGAAGAGGAUUAUGAGGCAAAAGAUGAUGGUUCAAGUAAAGGAGAAGGUGUUGAUGAUGAGAUUGCAAAACAAGUUGAGAUCGAAAAGGAGGAGGAAAUCAUAAAUAGAGAUAUUGAUGCAUUGGAAAAGGCUUGGAAGUGUGGAGCGGUGCAUUUUGUGGGUGAACAUGAAGUAGUUGCAAGCAAGGGUGCUAGCAUUGUCAAGAGGAUUAUAAUAGAUUAUGCUUAUAAUUUUUUGAAGAGGAACUUGAGACAAACGAAUCAGGUAUUUGAUAUUCCUCAGAAAAGGAUGCUUAAGGUGGGAAUGACAUGUGAGCUUUAG